AUGAUUGUUUGUGCAACAGCUCGGAGAGACAGUGCAAGUACAUUGAACAAGAAGAAGAACAAGAAAAAAAAGAAGAAGGAAAAACUGCGGAUGAGAAGCGGCGAACAUCCUGUUGGUCAGAUGGUUACAGGCGCGAGGGAUACUUCACAAGAGGUGUAUGCUACCGCUGCUGCUGUUGCUGCUGCUUCGUCAGACGGUAAUGGACAGUUUCCGGGAAUGGGAAUUGUGAGCAAAAAACAAGCUAUGGUAAUAGAUGGAAUGGAAGAAUCAAAUGUACUGUACAUGAUUGACAGUAGCAAUAAGGUAGGUCUUUCUGAAAAAAUCGCCUCACGCCUAAGUACGAACUCUACAGACCAGACAUGA